AAUAAAAAUCAAAUAGGGAAAUAGUGUAGAAGGGGUGGCGGGAAACGAGUAGGGCUAACAGAGAGGAAUCGCAAUGACCCAGCCGGUGAAGAAACCCGAAGUGGAGGAACUUUGCUUUGCCCACUCGCCUGAAAUCACUACGGAAGACCUAACUCCAGAUGAAUGCAAUAGCACCGUCGAAGACCAAGAGGCGACACUCAUUGCUCUAGUCGAGCAUCGUACUCGUGAAGUCCACCAUCUCCAGCAGCGCAUUUCCUACUACACUCGUCAGCUAGAGGAAGCAGAGAAGCGGUUACAGGAAUCUGAAUCUUUGUUGGCUCGCUCUCAAGGUCCGCGUUAUACUUUGCCAUCAAGAAGUUCUCAGGAUUGUGGAUUCGAAUGUGUGGAGGCUGAGCCUACAUCAACCUCUCCUAUUCAUGGCAAUGGGGAUUUGGAAGCGAAACCACUUCUUGGUUCCAGUCACAACCCUUCAAUUCCCAAUCGCUCUAAUCUUGCCACUACAGGUGAACAAGAAAAACCUUGUAUGGUCACUAUUGGGAGAGUUGAUGAUCAGAGUGAUAUGAAAAGAAGAAAGUUUGAACAAAAAGAUCACAAGGAACUGAUUUCAUUAGUACGUAGUAGCUCUUCCUCAUUGACUGCCCAACUGGAUGCUAGUUAUUAUUUUACUAGUCAGCACAAGAGAAAACUGAGAAGCCUUGCUCCAGGUCCAGUCAAUGACCAACUUUUUGUUACUAGUGCUUUGGAUGGAAUGAUCAACCUGUGGCAAAUUCAGUCGAAGGGGUCUUUUGCUUCUCUUCUUUGUGCUACAAACUGUCUGUCUCAAAAGCAGAGGAGAUGGCCUGAAGGUAUAGCUUGGCACCCGGGUGGAAACAACCUUUUUUCUGUGUACAACGCUGAUGGUGGAGAUUCUCAAAUAUCGGUCUUGAAUUUCAAUAGGACUAAAGAGAAGGCAAGUGUUACUUUCUUAGAGGAUAAGCCUCAUGUUAAAGGCAUUAUCAAUGACAUUAGUUUCUUGCCUUGGGAUUCUGUUCCGUUCAUUACCGGUGGCAGUGAUCAUGCUGUCGUUUUAUGGAAUAUGAGAGAUAAAUACAACACGUGGAAACCAGAGCUGUUGCACAGGAAUCUGCACUCUUCUGCUGUCAUGGGUGUCUCUGGGAUGCAGAUGAAGCAAAUCGUACUUUCUGCAGGUUCAGACAAGAGACUCCUUGGUUUUGAUGUUCAAGUAGGAAGCACACUCUUCAAGCAUCAACUAGAGAGUAAAUGUAUGAGCGUGUUGCCUAAUCCAUGUGACUUUAACCUGUUCAUGGUCCAGACAGGGAGUCCAGAAAAUCAACUUAGAUUAUUUGACAUUAGAUUGGAACAGAAAGAAGUCCACAGUUUUGGGUGGAAGCAAGAAAACAGUGAAUCCCAAUCAGCUUUGAUAAAGCAGUCAUGGUCACCAAAUGGAUUACACUUAACGUCUGGUUCAUCAGAUCCUGUAAUUCAUGUUUUUGACAUCAGGUAUAAUUCUCACAUGCCAUCUCAAUCACUUAAAGCUCAUCAGAAGCGCGUCUUCAAAGCUGUUUGGCUCCGUUCUCUUCCUUUUCUUGUUUCCAUUUCAUCUGAUUUGAACAUUGGACUGCACAAAAUGGUCUAGAUAUUCAAUGUGCAAGUUAUUAAUGCUGCAUGCUAACUGCCAUAAGAGGGCCAUAUCAUGUUGAUGGACGUUUUGGCACUUUCCCUAAACAACUUAUCAAGAAGUGAUUUAGAUACAGUGGAUCAAAGGAUAGAAGCAAAAAAUGGGCUUGAGUUGUUGUCUGGAGGAGUGCAAUGGAUAGCAAUGUGGUUGUGAAGACUUGACGAAGCUUUGGCUUGUUAUUUGGUAAGUUUGCGGGAAUAUAUGUAGAAAAUUUGUUGAUUUUGUUGCCCUACAUGUAUUUUAAAGGAAUUGCAAAUUUGUGCUGGUGCCUUCCUGCCAUUUGAAACUUAUGUAGCACGAUCUGACUAGUUGCUAUUGAAGGAGAAAAUUUCCAAAUUGUAAGAGGGAUCAAAUCACUUAUUUGUGCAGUCUUCGCCAUUCCAGUUAAGUGAAAAGAAUGAGCAGCUGUGCGAUGGUGCACUAAGUUAAAAACUUUCGUUUUGCAGUAAUGGUUCAUGCCAAUGCUAUGGAUAUGUCCAUUCAAUGGUUGGUGUUUAUUCCACAGGAACAAAAGUUUACUCGAGUGAUUAUUGGCUUA